AUGACGGUCGCGAGCGCCAAGAGGCUCAUGAAGCUCACUGUGUCACUUCUCCGUUUAGGCUUCAACUCCUCCAAAUGCAAAACGGCAGCGAAGAUGGCUGUGGCGAGGAUCAAGCUGCUGAGGAACAAGAGGGAGGUGGUGGUUAGGCAGAUGAGAAGAGACAUUGCUCUUCUUCUCCGUUCUGGUCAAGAUGCCACGGCUCGUAUCAGGGUCGAGCACGUGAUGAGAGAACAGAAUAUUUUGGCUGCAAAUGAGUUCAUUGAGCUCUUCUGUGAAUUAGUUGUGUCCAGACUCUCAAUCAUUGCAAAGCAAAGGGAGUGUCCAGCAGAUCUGAAAGAAGGAAUUUGUAGCUUAAUAUUUGCAGCCCCUAGAUGCUCUGAAAUUCCGGAACUUGUUGCACUUAAGAAUAUCUUCGAGAAGAAAUAUGGGAAAGAUUUUGUAUCUGCAGCUACUGAUCUUAGACCUAGCUGUGGUGUAAAUCGCCAGUUGAUUGACAAGCUCUCAGUACGAACACCUCCUGGUGAAGUAAAGUUGAAAGUGUUGAAGGAAAUAGCUAAGGAAUAUCAAAUUGAUUGGGAUACUGCAGAGUCAGAGAAAGAACUUCUCAAGCCUCCGGAAGAGCUAAUAGAAGGGCCAUGCACUUUUGUCAGUGCCAGCAGCUUACCGGUGAAGCCUUUAACAGAUGUGUCCACAGAAUCAAAUAAGCCAGCGACUAGGUGUGGUGCCAUGCAUUUCGAAGAUUCCAAGUCUGCUGCUGAAGCAGCAGCUGAAUCAGCUAAGAAAGCAAUUGCUGCUGCAGAAGUUGCUGCUUAUAUGGCUAUGAAGGAUUAUAAUGAAGCCCCUCAACCAUACAUUUACAAUGAUAAGUUAUAUAACUCAGGACUCAACUUUGGGACCCUCCAAUCAGAUGAUCCUGCUAAAAUUACCCAGAACAUGACUCAUAAAUCUACAACUGAGGAAAAAAUGUACAGGUCACAGAGCUUACCAAGGUAUGAUCGAAUGAACAACAGUGAGGAAACAUUGCCUACCCAAUUUUGUGGUGGAAAGGAGGAUUAUAGGAGAUACAGCUACCAUCCAACUUCUGCACAUUCAGAUAUUAAGUUUGAUGAAUCAGAUUGUGAUGAGGAAAUUGAAGCAGAAGAACCUCAUGUUACUAUGCCACCUAAGCGGCUUCCACCAGCUGUACCUUCAUCUCUGGCUAAACAGGAUGGCAGCUUUCGUGUUCAUCCCAAAUUGCCAGAUUAUGAUGAACUUGCUGCCCGCUUUGAUGCACUCAAAUUCAGAAAGUCACAUUCCUGAACCCACUUGAGCAACUGUUUACCAAUCUGUUCUAUGUAAUUCAUUUAUAUAUGCAUAUAAGAAUGGUAUAUUAUUUUGUCAUAUAGAGAGAGAGAGACUAAGAAUGUCAUUAUUGAAUGCUGCUAUACUUUGGUAUUUAAUGUAAGGUUCUGC